UAUAAACGCUGAGGAAGUAGAUUUGUCCGAUGUCAACUUGCCCUGAUAUGCAAAUUCAGUCGACAGCAUGUAAUAUUUUUCAUGACUUAAACAAUAAUCGACAAGAAGUGCUAUAAACAGUCAUGCCAGCUCAGCCGGCUGCCAGAGAACCAGAGGAGGAGAUGGAGACAGAGGCCGACCCUGAGGUUCCUCAAACUAACGGUGAGGUGGAGGAGGAGCGAGAGGGAGGAGAGGCAGAGGAGACAAUGGAGGAGAGUGGAGAGGAGAGGGACAGCGACCUGGAGGAGAGUGAGCCAGAGGAGGAAGAGGAAGAAAGUUCAGAAAUGGAUGAUGAAGAUUGUGAGAGAAGACGAUUACAGUGCCUAGAUGAAAUGUCUGACCUGGAAAAACAAUUCCUGGAGUUAAAAGACAAGCUUUUUCAAGAACGUCUGAACCAGGUUAAAAUGAAGCUGGAUGAGGUUAUGACAGGAAAGGCGGGAGAGUACAGAGAACCCUUGGCAACACUGCAACAGAACCUACAGCAGAGGACACAAGUGGCAGGUGUGUAUAGAGAACUUUGUCUGCAAGUGGUCAGACACAAACAUGAAUGUGAAGUGCAGGGGGCAAGACAGCAUCUAGAGAGUGAGAGGACACUCUUGUUUGAUGCCAUAAAAACAGAGCUGUUGGAGAAGAUCCGCAGACUGGAGGAGGACAAACAGAGCAUAGAUAUCACCUCAGCGCCUUUCCCAAGCUCAAGGACGCUUCACAGUGACAAGUGGUGGAAGGAUGACGUUAGGAUGAAGAAGUGUAAGAGAAGGAGUCACCUGAUUCGCCCAGACAGGAAGAAGAAGGCAGCUCUUGUGUCAGGGCCAUACAUAGUGUAUAUGCUAAGAGACAUUGACAUACUAGAGGACUGGACAGCCAUCAAGAAGGCAUCUUCACUGAUGCCCCUGAAGAAAAAAGCAGACAACAGGCAGGUGCCCGUGCGAUGUGAAGGUGGGGAUCUCUUCUAUGAUGGAGAGAGAUUCUCCAAAGGCAGCAGUGUCGUUCUAGAAGUCAAUGACGACAGCCCAGCACAGGCCGUAAUAACAGGGAUCAGCACAGGAGAGGUCUGGGUCAAGCGCACAGAUGGCACCAAAACCAAAAUAUAUGUCUCCCAACUUCAGAAAGGCAAAUACACCAUACAAAAAGCUUAGAGUAGAUAAACAUUACACUCAGAGAGAGUGUGAAUCUACCCUUUAAUAAUUAACACUCAAAUUCAUCAACACAUUUAGAACAGCUUAUAAAAAUCCAAUCUAAUGCUAUGCACUGGUAUUGAUCAGACCAGAGGACUUUAUAUGCAGUGACUUAUAAUUUUGCCCUUUUUUCUAUACAUAUUUCAUGAUUAAUAUGAUAAUAAGAGGGAUCUGGUUCCAGAUCAACGCUGUUGGUGACAAGUAGGCAAUUUCUGGUGCAGCUAAAGUUUAAUUAA